AUGACGUUAUCGCCCCUACAACUUCGCAAGCUGCAAUCGGACCCGUCGUCGAUCCGAAACAUCUGCAUUCUGGCCCACGUGGACCACGGCAAGACCUCGCUCAGCGAUUGCCUGCUUGCCUCCAACGGCAUCAUCUCUCAGAAGAUGGCUGGAAAACUGCGGUAUCUGGACUCGCGACCGGACGAGCAGGAGAGAGGCAUCACCAUGGAGUCAUCUGCCAUCUCGCUUCACUUCCGAACCUUCAGAAGAGAUCCCAGCUCGACGGAAGAACCGCCCAAAAUGGUGCCCAAGGACUUUCUCAUCAACCUGGUGGACUCUCCAGGCCAUAUCGACUUUUCCAGCGAAGUGUCCACGGCGUCGCGAUUGUGCGAUGGAGCGGUGGUGCUGGUUGACGCCGUUGAGGGAGUCUGCAGUCAAACGGUGACGGUUCUGCGACAGGCGUGGAUGGAGCAGCUCAAGCCCAUUCUGGUGAUCAACAAGAUUGACCGACUGGUGGAGGAGCUACAAUUGACUCCCGCCGAGGCCUUCACACACCUCAAGAAGCUCAUUGAGGGUGUCAACGUUGUUCUGGGCGGAUUCUACGCCUCCAACCGAAUGGCUGCCGACCUCGAAUGGCGGGAGAGCGGAAAGACAGGCACCUUCGAAGACGAAGACGACAGUGAACUCUACUUUUCGCCCGAAAAAAACAAUGUCAUUUUUGCAUCAGCCAUCGACGGCUGGGGAUUCACCGUCGCCCAGUUUGUCGCCAUCUACGCUGCCAAACUCGGAAUGAAACGAGAAAACCUCCAAAAGUGUCUGUGGGGAGACUUUUACUUUGACCCCAAGACCAAGUCGGUCAUAACCAGCAAGGGGCUCAAGGGCCGGAAUCUGAAACCGCUCUUUGUGCAGCUAGUUCUGGACAACAUCUGGGCCGUGUAUCACUGCACGGUGAUUGAGCGGGACGCCGACAAGAGCGCCAGGAUCAUCAAGGCCCUGGAGCUCAAGAUUUCGCCCCGAGACCUCAACUCCAAGGACGCUCGGAACCUGCUGACCACCAUCUUCCAGCAGUGGGUGCCUCUUUCUGUGUCCGUUCUACAUUCCGUGGUUGACAAGUUGCCCGAUCCAAUUGUGGCCCAGGGCAAGCGAAUGCCGGCAAUUCUAAAAUCCGUUGGUUAUCCCGAUCAAGAAGGCAAUGGCGAAAACGAGGAAACCGUGUCUCAGGGCAUGCUCACGUGCUCCACCAAGGCUCCACUGGUGGCCUACAUCAGUAAGGUGGUUUCUAUCCCGGAGGCUGAUCUGCCCAAGAACCAAAAGGUGAUGAAAUCCAUCGACCAGCUUCGAGAGCAAUCUCGAUUGGCAAGAGAGAAAAUUGAGAACGGACAGACUGACGAGUCAUCGGCUGCCGCUGAAGCUGCUCCCAAAGAUGAAGUUGACGAUCUCACUGCAGCAUACUCUUCUUAUGACUACGAGGAGGACUUCGAUAUUGGCGAGUCCAACUACGUUCCUCCUCCUCCCGAAGUUCUCAUUGGUUUCGUCCGAGUCUACUCCGGUGUCAUUCGAACCGGGCAGAAGGCCACAGUUCUGGGACCCAAGUACAACCCUGCCGAGCCUUCUAAGCACGUGCUUGAGGUGGAGAUCACCGAUCUUUACCUUCUGAUGGGCCGAGAGCUCGUGACUAUCGACCAUGCCCCUGCUGGAGGUAUUGUGGGUAUUGGAGGUCUUGAUGGUGAGUUUCUGAAAUCCGGCACUCUCGUCUCUGACCAGUUCCGAGGCCCCAAUCUCGCGGCGGUGGAGGGAUCCAUGACCACACCCAUUGUGCGAGUUGCAUUGGAGCCCGAAGACCCCACCCAGAUGUCGCAUCUUGAGGAAGGUCUCAAGCUGCUCAACCAGUCCGAUCCCUGUGUGCAGGUGCAUCUUCAGGAUACUGGUGAGCACGUGAUUUCGUGUGCUGGAGAGCUACAUCUUGAGCGAUGUCUCAAGGAUCUGACUGAGCGGUUUGCCGGCAUUGAGAUUCAGGCUUCCGAGCCUAUUGUUCCCUAUCGAGAGUCCAUUGUGGCUCACCAGGUUGCUCCUGGAGGCGAACCCGCUCCAAUGCGAGACGCUGAACUUGGACGAGGAGUUGUUACUCUGGAGCUCGAGGAGGAGGGCCAUGUGGAUCUCAAAAUGCAUGUGACCCCUCUUCCUCAGGCGGUGGUGACAUUUUUGAUUUUCAACCGAGUCUCAGUCGCGGCUCUGGCCGGUGUCAAGAGCGCCGAGGAGGAAACCGAGGAUUCGUCAGUCAACCAGAACAUUCUCAACAAGGAGGACUUUCAGACCAAACUGGCCGAGAUUCUCGAAGAGGAGAAAUGCACCUUUACCGUCGACCAGAUUGUGGCUUUUGGACCCAAGCGUGUGGGUAGUAACAUUCUGAUCGAUAAUUCCGAAUCUGGUCUUCUACGACGUUUCUUUGGAGCAACCUCCGACAUUUCGUUCCACCAGGAUUCCAUCCUGACUGGAUUCCAGCUGGCCACUCAGUCUGGACCUCUCUGUAACGAGCCUAUGCAGGGGGUGGCAGUCUAUCUUGAUCUCAUUGACGACCCCAACGAUGAGCUGGCCGGCAAGCUCAUAUCUCCCUUUCAAAAGGCAAUCUACACUGCCUUUUUAGACUGGUCGCCCCGUCUCAUGUUGGCCACCUACUCGUGUGAGAUCCAGGCGUCCACCGAGGUGCUGGGUAAGGUAUACUCUGUGGUUACUCGGCGUAAGGGUAAGAUUGUGAGUGAGGAGAUGAAGGAGGGCACUCCAUUUUUCACCAUUUCUGCCACCAUUCCCGUGGUUGAAGCAUUUGGCUUUGCUGAGGAGAUCCGAAAACGAACCUCUGGAGCAGCCCAGCCCCAGCUCAUUUUCGCAGGCUACGAAACUUUCGAUAUGGAUCCCUUCUGGGUGCCCACGACUGAGGAAGAGCUGGAGGAGCUGGGAGAGACGGCCGAUCGAGAAAAUGUCGCCCGACGGUACGUGGACAAUGUGCGGGCUCGAAAGGGUCUCUACGUGGAAAAGAAGCUCGUUGAUGGAGCCAAUCGACAGCGAAACCUGAAGAAGUAA